AUGCCCGAGGUUGAGGAAUACACAAUUUGUUGGAUCUGCGCUCUGAGCACAGAGCUCAUCGCAGCCAAAGCAUUCCUCGACGUUCUCCACGAUCCCGUUGAUAACGCAGCGAUCAAUGACGACAACAACUAUACACUCGGCAGCAUUGGCAAGCACAAUGUUGUCAUUGCAGUCUUGCCGUACGGCCAAUACGGUCUCGUCAAUGCCGCAGCCGCCUUGAAAGAUAUGACGAGGACGUUUUCCAAGAUGCGAGCUGUGCUCAUGGUCGGUAUCGGUGGCGGCGUCCCAGGCACUGAAGGUAUUCGUCUGGGUGACAUCGUUGUUGGUUCUGUAGGCCGAGGCAGCAGCGGCGUCAUUCAGUACGACUACGGAAGGGCAGUUCAAGGCAAGGGAUUGGAUGUUACUGGUCACUUGAACCAGCCGCCAAUGGCGUUCCUAACAGCUAUGAAUGCUUUGCACGCUACGUAUGACAUGGAAGGCCACAGCAUUGAGGACAACAUCGAAAAGGCACUCAAAAAAUAUAAGCGACUAGCCAAGAAGUACAAGAGGCCCGAAGCAUCCACAGACCGAUUGUACGAGGCAAAUUUCGUCCAUCAGGGACACGAUGGUAUAAGCUGCAGCCGGUCUUGCGGUGAUGGCAAUCUAGUGCAUCGAGACGAACGAGACGAGGACGAAAACAAUCCUGCUGUUCAUUACGGCCUGAUAGCAUCGGGAAACUCCCUGAUGAAGGACGCACUUCUACGUGAUAAGCUGGCAGCCAAGCAUGGUAUCUUGUGCUUUGAAAUGGAAGCUGCAGGGCUUAUGAAUCAUUUCCCAUGCGUGGUCAUUAGAGGGAUCUGUGACUAUUCUGAUACGCACAAGAACGACGAGUGGCAGGCGUACGCCGCCAUGGCUGCCGCCGCCUAUACUAAAGACUUACUGCUUCAGGUAGCUCCGAGCAGCGUACAGAGGGAGGAACGGAUUGAAACUCAUUUGAGGCACCGUGAGUAA